AAACCACAAACCGCCAACCCCAUCAACCCAAUGCAAUAACCCGUCCUCCAAAAACCAGGGCAACCAAAUAGCCCUCCCCCGUUCUCUAGCACUUCCAAAAAUGCCAUCCUCCUGUCCCUUCUGCAAUAUAGCAACCCACUACCCACCAAGUCCCUCCCCACCCGCUAGCAACGAAAACGUCUCUCCCUCCGCCUUCGUCGUCCUCUCCACAGAGCAAUGCAUGGCAUUCCUCGACAUCAUGCCGCUCGCGCCGGGCCACUUGCUGGUGACGACGCGGAAACACCAUGAGAAGCUGAGUGAUGUGAGUGAGGAGGAGGCGCGGGAGCUGGGGGAGUGGUUGUUGCGGUUGUCGAGGGUGUUGGCGAGGGUGACGGGGACGUGGGAUUGGAAUAUUGUGCAGAAUAAUGUAUGUGAGGACCUAUAUGAGAAUUUUGGAGGAAGAGGGGGGGGAGGGGGGUUGGCAGGAGGGAAAUGAGGGUUGGGAUGGAUUUGCUAAUGGAGACUUGGGUUUAGGGUGCGGCUGCUGCGCAGGUUGUUCCGCAUGUGCAUUUUCAUAUUAUACCCCGGCCGGGACUUACGCCUGAAUUGAGGAAUCGGUCGUUUACUAUGUUUGGGAGGGGACAGAGGAGUGAGUUGGAUGAUGAGGAGGCGGCGGUAUUGGCGGAGAAACUAAGGGAAGAGAUGAAAAAGGAGAUGGAGAGAAUAGGGAAGGAGAAGCUGUGAUUGGUGUUGUACAUUGUUGAAAUAGGUAUGUAUAUAUCGGACUGCUUAUUAGAGCUUAAUUCUGGAUAAGGGGUAGAUACGGAGACUGCAUUACAUGGCGUUUGGUCAGAAACAUGGAGAUUUGGGGUUAUCGAGGGAAGAGGAAGAAUACCCUAUGGGGAGUUAUGAUUGGGAGGACAUGUGUCUCUUGGUUCGCUUGCAUGUAAGAGUUUGUAUUUUGUAUGGUCUAAACCAUACCCAGAUUUCUCAC